GUGAAACCACGCGGCUGUGUGGCGCUCCGUAGCCGCCCCUGUGCCUCGCCUCCCACCUGAUCACCUCUCCACCUCCUUCCUUCUCCUUCUCCGUCCGGUUCGCCAUGACGACCCCUGUGGAGCUGCUGCCGUCCCAGCCCGACCAGGAGCUGAGCCCCGGGCGCCUGGAUGGCUGCGAGGACAUCGGCGGUCGCUACAAGGUGGUUCCCUCCGUGGUCUGCUCCAUGUGCUGUCUCUUCGGCAUCAUCUACUGCUUCUUCGGCUAUCGCUGCUUCAAAGCGGUGAUGUUCCUGACGGGCCUGAUGUUUGGCUCCGUCGUCAUCUUCAUGCUCUGCUACAAGGAGCGCGUCCUGGACACCCAGCUGAGCGUGGAGGCCUCGAUGGGCAUCGGCCUGGGCAUCGGCACGCUCUGCGGCCUGGUCACCAUGCUGGUCCGCAGCGUGGGCCUCUUCAUGGUGGGCCUGCUGCUGGGCCUGCUCGUGGCCGUGGCCACCCUGGUGGGCAUGGAGGAGCUCUCCGACAGCCCGUCCCGCUCCGUCUGGGUGACCCUCGGCGUGCUGCUGGGCCUCGGCAUGCUGUUCGCCGUGCUCACCCUGCAGUGGCAGCGCCUCUUCACCACGCUGUCCACGGCCAUGUUCGGGGCCGCGGUCAUCACCGUGGCGCUGGACUACUUCGUGGAGCUCUUCGCCCUGGUGCUGUACAUGUACGAGCGGAUCAAAGUAGCACCCGGCAAGCCGGUGUGCUGGCUGACGUGGGUGGUGCUCGGGGUGUGGCCUGCCCUCACGCUGCUGGGCGUCAUGGUCCAGUGGAAGGUGACCGCCGAGGGAUACUCGCAUACCAAGGUGAUCAUCAGCCGGCAGCAGAGGAGGAUGCAGGUGAUGCGGAUUCGUCAGCGAGACGAUCGCUAUCGCAACAAGAAGAAGAAGAAGCAGCAGCACGGCUCCUCCUCCUCCUCCUCUCACCAUAGCAACCAGGCCAAGCAACUCCACCCUGAGCCCGCCUACCGCCGCAAGCCCAACCCCAUCCGUCGCUACGACACCGACGUCCUCUCGCCGAGCUACAUCCAGAGUUUCCGAGAGCGGCAGGUGCAGGUGCAGCCCGUCCCGAGCCGGCUGGUCGGCCGACCCCACACCAUGGUGGACAUCGCCUACGACCGCGACUCCACGACGCCCCUCACCGGAGCUGCCGGACCUUCACUAAAUGUCUAAGCCCCCCCAGUCUCCCAGAGGCCUGAACACACCACUCAGGACACCCCAGGGAGAUGCGUAACUCUGACCAUUACCCCACCUGGGUGUCAUCACGCCUGUGCUGGAGCGACCCGCCGCUGGGUUCCAAUGCAAAGAUUCUGGGUUUAAACAUAAUCUGGGUUUAGCCACACCCCUCAGAGGAGGAAAAUAUAUUUAGGGCUGGAUUUACCCACAAUGCAAAACGUGUUUAACCCUUUUACUGAUUUACAUUUUGAAUUGUAAAGCUGGUGCAGAGGUUCGGUCGACCUCUUCUCACUGUCUGUCGGUAGAGUCACGCGCACAAAAAUGAAGGCAUGCACUCACAAAAAAACACACACAGCAGCUACAAUCUUAAGGGUCGAUGUACCCGGCCCACACCUGGUUGUCACCACCUCAAGUCAAAACCAGAUCAGGGAUUUCAGUUUCAGUGCAAACCCGCCUCAGGUUCAAACACAGGCAUCCUAUAAUAUAUAUAAUUAUAUAAUUGAAAUACACCUGUUUCUACUGCUGUUGCCGAUUUUCAAUUGAUGGUGCAGAAUUAACUAGUUCCUCCGCCUGUAGGCGUCUUAAAAGUCCAACAAAGAUCCUCUUUAAAAGGGACGUGAGGGUCCUUAAAUGCAAACCGGGACAUUUUAUUUGCUUUCUGUGCCAUUUGGACCACAAAAAUCCUCCUUAAAAAUGGGAGAGACGUCUUUAAUGUAUAACGGGGAACCCUUCGUCACCCUUGGUGCUGGACGAUACACUUCUUCAAGCGUCAAACUGCUCUCCGAUGGCCGGGGGAAUCGAUUCAAACAGGUGCCUUGCCCCUCUGUGGACUGUACCAUUCAGCAACAGGAGGGGGGUUACUGGCAGAGCUCCCAUCGAUGGCUUGUUUUUGCAUUAAAUGUGAUCACAGGGGAAUUAUUCAGGGGGGGUAGCCAUGGAGCUAGCAGGGUAAAACAUAUAGCUGGAGUGGAGUUGGUUUGUUGUCUUCACAGAUGCCUGGAUAUAGAAAUAGUCCCGUUUACACUGGCACCACAUCUGAGAUGUCGCAUCUGAGCGUUUUGAGCAUUUUCGCGUGAGAACCAGCAUCCCUUAUAUGCUGCUGAGCAGAGAAGUAAUAUUAUUAAUCCAUAAGAAUAGCUGAAAGAUCUAAAAGCUCCAAUCUUUCUCUCUUUAGCUCCUUCCUGUUUCAUGCUGCAAAGCAAUCAAAAUCUGAGCAGUUUUAAAACGUGCAAUAGAAGCGGGACGGAGCUGAAGAUCUUCUCUAGGGACGGUGAGAUUUAAGAAAUCAGAGUGAGAAUUAACAGUGUGUAUUGAUAUUAGAAAUGUGUCUCCAUGCUGAGAUGCCAGUGUAAGUAGGGCUCAGAGAGUCUGGAUCCUUAAAGUGGACUAGUGGCCAUAACAACUUGUACUUAGACCAACAACUCUUUCCAUCGUGUGCAUUGAUUUUCUUUAUUUGGGAUAACACAACAUCUCUCGUCACCAGUGAAAAUGUGAAUACCUUGAUAGUGUCUUUACCUUGUGGGGGGGGAUGUACGGUACGUUUUUAUUCAUCCGUGGGAAACGGAGAUGCAUGAUCUCUCCCCUCCGACCCCCCCCCCCCCCCCCCCCCCCCCCCCCCCCCCCCCCCCAACACCCUCCACCCUUUCAUGUGCAUUGAUGUGAAAUCUGUACAUAAAACACAGCACUUACUAACUUAUUUUUGUUAUUAUUAUUACCAGUUAAUCAUGUUUCUUCUUCUUUUCUUUGGGAUCUAAUUGAAUUGCGUUAAAGUGUUCUUUUUCCUGUGGGAUAUUUAUUUGCUGAUUUAUUUAUUUACUUCUCGAGUCCAGUGUCAUCGUUGUGGGCCGGCAACUCCAUGCUUUAAAAAAAACAAAAAAACCUUUGAAUUAUGACUAUGAUUAUUAAAGCAUGUCUUCCUCUGGGCCUGUAUA